UCUAGGCGCCGCGGAGGUCCGGGAGUCUCAACUAUAGUGGGCAGGGGGCGUGCCGUGGGCGUGGCUCAGGGGCGGGCUGAGGCGCUGCCAGCUCCCUUGUGCAGGACGUUGUGUGGCCACGACCGCCGCAGCCUGCUUGGCCUCAGCUUACAGCUGGGUCCCACAGGCCCAGACAGGUCCCCAACUCGGCCUCCGCAGGGUCCGCAUGCACCCUGUGUGCUGGCUGGUGCUUGAGUGACUGCCGGAGGCUGUCGGUCUGCGUCUUGGCAAGUGUGUGGGACCAGCUUAACGCACAGAGAGGAGAAGGUGAUUGAUUACUUAUGGGAAGGUGGAGCAACUGUGAAGCAGAAAACGGGUCAGAAUCCCUGGCUGAAACCGGGCUGGACGUGGGACAGAAGCCCGAAUGCCUGAGUUUUAUCAAAGUCGCCCUGAUGCAUCCCUUAAUCCAACAUGCAGUUUCUGUAAGAAAACAUGUGGAUAUCUGUACUUUCCUCAUAGGUCCUAGAGGAGGUGAUGUCAAGCUGACCAGAAAUGGUGCUCAGAGACCCUUGUGAACUUGGGACAUUGACUGGACCUUGAGAAAAUUCAGAGAUGGGGUCUUGUUGUGUCACCCAGGCCUCAGGUGAUCCUUUGGCUGUGGCCUCCCAAAGUGCUGAGAUGACAGAUUCUUAGACUCUGUGUGUAAAGAUACCCUGUCUUUCCAGUUCAUCAUGGAGUCAUCCUCAAGAGAUGUCCCUGCCGGAAGAGGUGCCCAUUCAAAGGUGAAGUCUGCGAAGCUGCUUGAGGUUCUGAGUGCUCUGGAGGAGGAAGAGUCUCACCAUGGCAGGGAAGAGAUUUUCAUUGCACCUCCUGACAAUGCUACAGGGGAAUUCACUGAUGAGGACUCAGGAGAUGAAGAUGGCCGGCAAGGUACCCACCUGCCUGGCAGUGUGCUGCAUGCUGCAGUCCUGACUGAGGACUCUGGCACAGGAGAGGAUAAUGAUGACUUAGAGCUGCAGCCUGCCAAGAAGAGGCAGAAGGUGGCAGUGAAGCCUCAGCGUGUUUGGACCAAAAGAGAUAUUCGACCGGAUUUUGGUAGCUGGACAGCAUCAGAUCCUCAUAUUGAGGAUCUCAAAAGCCAGGAGCUGAGUCCAGUGGGCCUCUUUGAGUUGUUCUUCGAUGAAGGAACAAUUAAUUUCAUUGUUAAUGAAACCAAUCGUUAUGCUUGGCAGAAAAAUGUCAAUCUGAGUCUCACGGCCCAGGAAUUGAAAUGUGUUCUGGGCAUUUUGAUUUUAAGUGGGUAUAUCUCCUAUCCAAGGAGGAGGAUGUUUUGGGAAACCUCUCCUGACUCACAUCAUCAUCUUGUGGCCGAUGCUAUUAGAAGGGACAGAUUUGAAUUGAUCUUUUCAUACCUACAUUUUGCAGAUAAUAAUGAACUUGAUGAAAGUGACAGGUUUGCCAAGGUCAGGCCCCUCAUUGUCCGAAUGAAUGGCAACUUCCAGAAGCAUGCACCCUUGGAGGAGUUCUACAGCUUCGGGGAGUCCACAUGUGAGUAUUUUGGGCACCGGGGAUCUGAGCAGCUGCGUACGGGAAGGCCCGUGCAACUCGGCUACCGGAUCUGGUGUGGUACAACCAGCAGGGGCUACCUGGUGUGGUUCGAGCCCUCGCAGGGCACGCUGCUCACUCAGCCGGACCGGAGCCUGGAUCUGGGAGGCAGCAUGGUGAUAAAAUUUGUAGAUGCCCUUCAGGAGCGUGGUUUUCUGCCAUAUCACAUAUUUUUUGACAAGGUUUUUACCAGUGUCAAACUGAUGUCCAUUCUGAGGAAAAAGGGGGUGAAGGCCACCGGAACUGUUCGUGGGCAUAGGACUGAGCAAUGUCCCCUCAAAGAUCCCAAGGAACUGAAGAAAAUGAAGAGAGGUUCGUUUGAUUAUAAAGUUGAUGAGAGUGAGGAGAUCAUUGUGUGCCGCUGGCAUGACAGCAGCGUGGUCACCAUCUGCUCUAACGCUGUGGGCAUAGAGCCUGUGAGGCUGACCAACCGUCAGUCAGGGACAGAGAAGGCACGGUCCCAGGUUCACCAGCCAUCACUGGUGAAGCUGUAUAAGGAAAAGGUGGGGGGCAUUGACCGGAUGGACCAAAAUAUUGCCAAGUACCAGGUGAAGAUCCGAGGCAUGAAGUGGUACUCGAGCUUCAUUGGCUAUGUCAUUGAUGCAGCCCUGAACAAUGCGUGGCAGCUGCACAGAGUAUGCUGCCGAGAUGCCCCAGUGGAUCUGCUUGCCUUCCGGAGGUACGUUGCCUGUGUGUAUCUAGAGAGCAACGCGGACGUGUCCACACAAGGCAGGAGGAGCAGGCGGCUGGAAACGGAGACCCGCUUUGACAUGGUCGGGCACUGGAUCGUCCACCAGGACAGGAGGACCCGCUGUGCCCUGUGUCACUCACAGACCAGCACCCGCUGUGAAAAGUGCCAGAAGGGCGUCCAUGCCAAGUGCUUCCGGGAGUACCACACCCGCUAAUGCUGGGAGGCAUGUCAUCUUCAUGAUGAGAUGUUUCAGCUGAGUGCAGAUAGCAGUUCAAGUACUUCUGUUUUAUUUGUGUUAGAAAAAAGACCUGAAUUCCUGGUGACUUGGUUUUAUUUUUUCUCCCUACUUGCAUUGCAGUUAUCUGUUUUACUGUUUCUCUUAUGCCUAUAUGUAUUAUAAAUUAAUAUUUAUACUAGUAAUCUUAAGUAUUUGCAGAUCUCUAUGUUAUACUGUUAUUUAAACUUAUGGACCCUUUCCAUUCAAAUAAAAACCUUUCUUUGGGAUAUAUUUGAAUCUUAGAAUAAUCAAAGAAAAACUUGCAUGAAAAAUAAAAAGGUGCUACCA